GUGUUUUGACUAGGUUUGUAAUUUGGUGGGAAACAUUUGUAAAUGGCGGAGGAAAAGAUUAUUUUUAGGUUAGAAAUCGCGCGAAAAUGGCGCAACGAACUAUAACGUCGUUCUUCGCUAAAUGUACACCCAAGAAAAAUACAGACGAAACAACAAACUCAUCAGAAUCAAGUUUCACGAAGAAGCAAGAUAUCGAGACUCCAAAUGGAAAAAGAAAACGUGACGAUGCCUCGAGUGAAAGUCCUUCAAAAGAUUCACCUCCUGCGAAAAAAUUGGAUGGCAGUUUAUCAGAUAAAAAAGCAAAAUCUUCACCGUCUCCAAGUUCUGCUCGCAAUAAAAAAUCCGGCAAUAAGGAUAAAUCACUUGUUUCCGACAUUGUAAAAGAAGUCGAAAAAAGAAAGAAAACACCAAAAAAGUCGUUGAAUAAAAAGGAGAAAAAAUUAAAGAAGGAACCGGAGAAGGAAAAUGAAUUGUCACUGAAAAGUCCUGAAAAUGGAAAAUCAGAACAUAAGAAAACACCGAAAAUUAUGCUCGCUAUUAAUGGAAAGGAGAAAAAGGAAAAAAUUGUGAAAAAAACAAAAAGAAUUAUUCGUCCAAUUGAUUCCAGUGAUGAUGAAGGACAUUUGGCAUUGCCAGAUAGUCCAUUAAAGGAGAAGAAAGCUAAAAAAGAAGAAGAAGAAGAAGAAGAGAAAGAAAAAUUUGAUGGGAAAGACGAAAUAUCUGAAACAUCAGAUAAAGAAAUUGUCAAAGAGGAGAAAUCAGAAAUGUCAGAUAAAGAAGAAAUGGAAAUUGAUAGUGAGAAUAAAAAAUCCGACAAUGAAGCAAAAAAAGAUGAUGAAACUUCCGAAACUGAGGAAAAAAAUGAGGAUUCAUUUGUUGAAAUUGAUACAUCAUUGAAUGAUUCGAAAAAAAAUGAGCUUGAUGAAUCAAGUUCGACAGAAAAAUCAGAAACAGAAGAGAAAUCAAAGACAAUUCACAGUUUUUUUGCUCCAAGAUCAAAAAAGAAUUCUGAGGUGAAAUCGAAGAAAAAGGAUAAAAAUGCAAAGAAUAAGAAAGAAAUGAGUAAAAAAGAUAAAAAAGAAAAUGAGGAGAAAAAUGACAAAGAGGAAGAAACGGAAAAUAGUGAGAAAAAAGAGACUACAACUCACGAUUAUAAUCCAAGUAAAUCAUCAUAUCAUCCAAUUCUCGAUGCUUGCUGGCGACACGAGGAGAAGGUGCCUUAUAUUGCAUUAACACGAACUUUAGAACUUAUUGAGGAUACAAGUGGACGUUUGAAAAUUGUUGAAAUACUUUCGAAUUAUUUUCGUUCUGUUAUUGUUUUAAGUCCAAAUGAUCUUAUUGCCAGUGUUUAUCUUUGUUUAAAUCAACUUGCACCUGCCUACGAAGGACUUGAAUUGGGAAUUGCGGACACAAAUUUAAUGAAGGCAAUUGCACAAUGUACUGGACAAACAUUGGCUCAAAUUAAAGCGAAAGUACAAAAAGUCGGUGAUUUGGGAAUUGUUGCUGAGGGAAGUCGUUCAAAUCAACGAACAAUGUUUCAACCGGCACCACUUUCUGUUCCGAUUGUUUAUACAAAACUUAAAGAAAUUGCUCAAAUGACUGGCACAUCGUCCACCGCCAAAAAAAUGGAUAAAAUCCAAUCACUUUUCGUUGCUUGCCGCUUUACAGAAGCAAGAUAUCUUGUAAGGUCUCUCGCUGGGAAACUGAGAAUCGGUCUCGCUGAACAAUCCGUACUGCAAGCAUUAGCGUUGGCAAGUGCUAUGACACCACCGAAUCAAACCUAUCCACCUGAAAUUCUAAAUGCAAGUAAAAAAGUGUCAAGUGACUCUUUUAAACAAAAAUACGAUGAAAUUGCUCUUAUUAUAAAAACAACUUAUUGUGAAUGUCCAAAUUAUGAUAAGAUAAUUCCAGUUAUUUUGAAAGACGGUGUAAAAGCACUGCCAGAAAAGUGUAAACUCACACCGGGCAUUCCGUUGAAACCAAUGUUGGCACAUCCAACCAAAGGUGUUCAGGAAGUUUUGACGCGAUUUGAUGGUAUGAAAUUUACCUGUGAAUGGAAAUACGACGGCGAAAGAGCUCAGAUUCAUGUGAAUGAAAAAGGAGAAGUGAAAAUUUACAGUAGAAAUCAAGAAAACAAUACAAGUAAAUAUCCAGAUAUUAUUGGACGAUUUCCAAAUACACGUGGUGAGGAUGUUAAAAGUUGUAUUCUUGAUUGUGAAGCUGUUGCUUGGGAUCGUGAGAAAAAACAAAUUCUACCAUUCCAAAUUCUCAGCACAAGAAAGCGAAAGGAUGCAAACGAAGCUGAAAUUAAAGUUCAAGUCUGCGUCUUUAUGUUUGACUUAUUGUAUUUUAAUGAUAAACCCCUUGUAAAAGAGCCUUUUCAUAAACGUCGAGAAUUACUUUUCAAUAAUUUCAAAGAAGUCGAAGGUGAAUGGAAAUUUGCUACAAGUCUCGAUACUACGACUAUGGAAGAGGUACAAGACUUCCUUGAAGAAUCAGUGAAAGGUAAUUGCGAAGGUUUAAUGGUGAAAACAUUGGAACAGGAUGCGACUUAUGAAAUAGCAAAGAGAUCAAGAAAUUGGUUGAAAUUGAAGAAAGAUUAUUUGGAUGGAGUUGGCGAUACAUUGGAUGUUGUUGUAAUUGGCGGUUACAUUGGAAAGGGAAAACGAACUGGAACUUAUGGUGGUUUUCUUUUAGCGUGUUACGAUCAAGAAAAUGAAGAAUAUCAAAGUAUUUGCAAAAUUGGAACUGGUUUCAGUGAAGAGGAUCUUCAAAAACACAGCGAAUUUCUCAAGGAACAUUUAAUUUCCGAGCCGAAAUCUUACUAUCGUUUUGAUAGUAGCCACGAGCCGGAUCAUUGGUUUGAAGCGGUGCAAGUUUGGGAAAUAAAAUGUGCGGAUUUGUCACUUUCGCCUGUACAUCGAGCAGCCAUGGGAAUUGCGGAUCCCGAGAAAGGAAUUUCUCUCCGUUUUCCACGAUUUUGUCGAAUUCGAGAUGAUAAAAAUGCAGAAGAUGCAACAACUGCACAGCAAGUUGCGGAUAUGUACAGUAAUCAAGAACAGAUUAAAAAUCAGUCCGCAUCGUCAAAACCUGCAGAGGAAGACUUUUAUUAAUUUUUCGAUAUAUAACAAUUUUUGUAAUUAUUUUAGUUAUACAGGUAAAGUGCAACUUAAAAAUAUUUUUGGUAAUGUGACGAAAACAAAAAUAAUUUUCUUUUUUUUUUUUUUUUUUUUGUUUACUUUUUGAUAAAUCUAUAAUGACAAUUUAAAGAAUAUUUGUAAUUUGUAUAUUGAAUUAUGAUAGACCGAAGAAGAUAAAUUCUUAUUCAUGUCGGCUUGUAUUUUGAUAAAUAAACCGUUUUGUUUAAAA